ACCAUUGAUCAUAGGAGGUGUGGUUAACUAUUAACAAAUUUCAAGUUAAACAUUAUUAUCAUUAUUAUUAUCUACACUACUUUCAAUCAAUUAAUAAAUAAACGAUCUAAUUCUAUUGAAAACAAUAAAUUGUCAACUUCAAGAUUAUGGGAUCUAAUAAAAAUUUCACGAAGUCUUUGGCGCUCUCUGUAUUCUUGACGUGUUUAGGAUCAUCCUUUACAAUUGGUUACAAUUUAGGAAUAUUAAAUUUGCCAGGAGAGCAUAUUAAAGAGUUUUUAUCUCGUACUAUGUUGGGUAAAAAUGCAAGUGUAGCUGAAAAUACAACAAAUCUUGUGACACCAAGUUUUUUAUAUGCUCAAGUUAGCACAGCUUUUGUAAUAGCUGGUGCAAUUGGAGCUUUCAGUUGUGGUGCUAUAGCUGAUUGUUUAGGAAGACGUAAUGGUCUGAUAGUAAACAGUUUAUUUGCAAUCGCUGGAGGAAUAAUGGUUGGUCCAUGUGUGGCAUAUAGUCAACCUGCAUUACUAUUUGUCGGACGUGUUUUAAAUGGAUUAAAUUUUGGAAUAUCAAUGGGAAUAGCACCAAUGUAUUUAACAGAAAUAGCACCCAUAUCUCUUCGUGGUGGAAUUGGUUCAUUACAUCAGCUUGCUUUAACUAUCGGAAUACUUGUAUCCUAUUUAGCAACAUUAACAUACACAUUAAAUACAUCAACUUUGUGGCCCAUAUCUGUCGCUGUUGGAUCAAUUCCUGGAUUAAUUGCAUUAAUUCUUCUACCUUAUUGUCCUGAGAGUCCACGUUUUUUAUUUAUGAAGAAAGGAAAAGAAGAACAAGCACGUAAAGCCUUUCAGCGACUUAAUUGUAAAGAUAAUAUCGAUGAAACAUUUGAUGAAAUGAAAAGAGAAAUGAAUGAAGCUGAAAAACGACCAAAAUUCAAAUUUUCCAAACUUUUCACUCAGAAAGAUUUACGUAUGCCAGUAUUAAUUGCUUGUAUCAUACAAGUAUUUCAACAGCUUUCUGGAAUUAAUGCUGUGAUCACUUAUUCUUCUACAAUGCUUAAAACUGCUGGAAUUCCAUUGAUGUAUAUUCAGUUUUGUGUAGUUGCUGUAGGAGCAAUUAAUGUGUUAAUGACUAUAAUUUCGGUAUAUUUAAUUGAACGUGCAGGACGUAGAACUCUUCUUUUAUGGCCAGCAGUACUUCUUGCUUUUUCAUUAUUAUUUUUAACAAUUUCAGUGAAUGUAGCAAGUUCAACAAAAGAUCCAACAACAGCUCGAACAGCUGGAAUAAUUUCAGCUGUUCUUAUAAUUCUAUAUGUUUGUGGUUUUGCUUUAGGUUUAGGUCCAAUUCCUGGUGUAAUUGUUGCUGAAAUAUUUAGGCAAGAACCAAGAGCUGCAGCCUAUUCUCUAAGUCAAGGAGUUAACUUAUUAUGCAAUUUAUUGGUGUUAUUCAGUUAUCCAAGCAUUAAUAGAUUGAAUGUAUUAAGUUAGAAGAAAAUAUGAAUUGGAAUAAGAUUUUAACACAGACUCUGAAAAACUGGAAAAGUGAUCAUAUUGUAAAAUGUCAUCACUCAUUCACUGACCGUAUCCCAAGUUCAGUCGGAUCAUUAUUUGAACAUUAUUACUAUGAUGUGUUGAAUAAGACUGUUGUAUACAUUCUAGAUAAAUAACGUAAAUAACAAGUUUGGACUGAAUGUAUGUGAAAAAAGGCCUAACGAAGAUAGGCACAUCUCACUUCUGAUACAUAUUCUAUUUACUUAUUUAAUAAAUGAUUACAAUGCUAUUACGGCGUGCACUUUGUAUGUGGACAGAUAUAAGUAGUAUGUAGCAGGAAUAGGGAGUGAAAUGCUUUCCAGCAAAAUAUUCAAAUAAAGGGAACAAGAAAGAAAACGAAGUCCAAUCGGAAUAAGGAGAGAAUAAGAAGAAUUAUAGAAUAUGUAAAGGACAACUUCAGAAAAACUUGCAAUAUACGUGUUUAAUGCAUGAUUUAUAUAUUUUAUAAAGGCACUGUGCGAUUUUGCAUAAAACGGUAAACUGUUUUCCCUUACCUGAGUCUUCGUCCAUUGUUCUAUGACAUAGUUGAAAACUGUUGAUGCAAUUGGUGGUUAUUCAUUUCUACCAUUUUUAGUUAUAGUUAUUGUCUGUUGGAUAUUCUUUUAUUUAUAUAUGAUUGAAACAAAAAAUCGUACAUGUGAUAGUAAUGCAAGAGAUUUAGCUUCACCAAAAAUUGUCGCUUGUCAACGUCCAUCAAGAUUAAGUUAUAAAAAUGAAGAACCAUUUUAUUCAGAUGAAUAAAAUAAAUUUAGUCAAUAAAAAAAAACAAACACAACUGAUUCACUUCACACACACACCCUCACCCCCUCCAACAAAAGAAAAAAAGACAAUUUUUUCAGAUUGAUUUUUAUUUUAUUCAUCAUUUUAAAACUGAAAUCUUUUGGCUUGUUCAUAAGUGGUAUUAAUAAUAAUAAUAUGAUCAUUAUUAUUAUCGUUGAUUUCUUUCGACAAUAUACGUUUGUUUGUUUAUAUCUGAGGAAAUAAUUCAUUAUCUCCAUACUUUACUCUACUCUACUGCAUUUUCUUAAUCUAUUUAUUUUGAUAAGAUUUAAAUGAAAGGAAAAAUAGUUGAGAUGAUUACGCAAUGAUAAAUAAUUUGAAUGCUUCGUUACAUAACAUUGUUUCUACUGUAAAUAUUAAUAAGAAUAAUUAUUAUUAUUAUUACAUCAAUUAUUUUUUAAUAUAUAAUCUAUUCCCCCGCCCCAGAUACAGAUUUCUAUGUCAAUAAUUUUACUGGUUUUAUUUUUUAUGAACUAUUCGAUGGAAAACCUAUUUCACAUUUAUUUUUUUAAAUGAUAAUGUAUAUCACUUUAUAAAUUGAUAUGAAAAGUUGUUUCAUUUAACCAUUUGAAUACUUUUGUUAUGUAUAAAAAGAUAUAUAAAUUGUGUAACAUACAUAUAUAUUGUAGAAAAAGAAAUG